UAUUUUCAAUGGUCACACUUGGCAGUGGCGGCAAGAGCCCUAGGCGGCGCCCGGGAUGGGUGUGCUGCGCCGCCUCAUGCAUCUCGCCGCGCAGAGGCUCCAUCGGCCGGGCAGGAGGAAGCUGGCGCCACUGCCGUCGCAGAUUUCGCCUCCAGUUCCAGGUAUGGCCGAUCCUUCUCCACAGCGCCAGCAUCAGCCAAGAAAUCCAAAGAAUGUAGCAGCAGCAGCGCAAGAGGAAGAAGAAGAGGAAGAUUAUGUCUCAUUUGAGGUGGAUUGGUCAGUCUUCUCCAUGGCGCACAUCCAGACGACGAUCCAAGAGAUGCUCUUCACGCUGGCGGGGCUGGCCUUGCCCGAGGAGCAGCAGCACAAGCAAGCAUUUAGAAUCGAGAAUGGGAAUUGGCGGACCAACCUCGACGUCAAGGAGCUCUAUCUCCGCCGGGAGCUUCGUGAAGGCGUGGAGACUGGAUUUCUAGUGCGUGGGGUGAUCUACGACAUGGCGGCUUUGGCCAUUCCUCCUCAACAACGAGGGAAAAGAAUCAAGGAGAUGGCGUCCUCUGGAUCCAGGGACUGGAGCAAUCUCGUUCACGAGAACGUGAACGAGACUGUUGGAAACGUGGAAGAUGUGUCGGCCGAGCAAGUCAUGGAGAAGCUGGGACUGAAAAAUGUUGGUGCACUCCAGGAGAAGAUUGGGAGUGGCAGUAGCUCCUCGGCGGCGGCUUUGAGGAAGAAGAAGCUGCAAGAGAAGCAGAGCUUGGAAGAGAUCCUGGGGAGAGGAGACAGCAUACGAGCAAAGUAUGCCGAGAGGCUUAGACACAAGCAAGCAUUAGCGGAUGCAAGACAAGAGCAAGCCAAGCUCGGGGUGGUGAUCACAACUUCUCCAGGAGAAAAAGAUAGUUCUGUGCUACCGGGUUGCCCCGCUCUUAUUCGAUACUUGGAGGAGCGUGGUGUUUCGCAAGCUCUUUUGGCUCGUGGCCCAGACGCUGAGCUUAGAAACUUAAUGAACCAGUUGGGAGGCUUCCAGUUUGCGGAAGUGAGGAGAUUGCAAGAAGAAGUCGUCAGCGAAGGAAUGCUGGACUCGAUAUGUACAAAAUGGAGGCUACCAUCCAAGCAAGUCUUGCUGGUUGUUGGAGCCAAUGGUAGUGAAAGCGAGGAGCUGCUCAAGGUUGUAGCUGACAAAGGCUACUUCGUUUGCCGUGUCCAGAGCACUUCAAACAGCCAAGGCGAGUCGAAAGACUCAAAACCGGAGUCACAGAAACGUUGGGGCCUAACUUCGUGGUUCAACCAUCUUGCCGAGGGAACUCUCCACAUCGAAGAGCAACGGAAUCACGAGAAAGACAUCGUCCAUUUCCGGGUGAUGGACAUGACUGAGCUCAAAUGGGUGAUUGAGGACCUCAAUGGAGUCUCGUACAGGACAAGCACCAUGGUCCGAGGAUUCAAGUGACAAUGCUCUGGAAUUCAUGGAUUCUUUAACAGCUUCAUUUGGAUUCUAGCAGAGCGAUGGUUUGCUAUAUCCUUACGCCAGAAAAACUCCAGCAUGCUCAUUCUUCUAUUGAUUCGGAUCUAAUAUUAUUCCCCAUUAUUA